ACAACCUAACGUAGUGAUUAUUUGUUCUGCACAGUCAUCCUUGAAUCCAGCUUGUGAUAACGCGAAAUCGUUCAGCUUUGACUUCAAAUCAUUAUCAUCAUUUCAGCCGUUAAUUGUUCAUUGCAUAAGCUUUUCCUAUAAUAAGAGUGACUUUCAAUACAUUGAAUAUGAAUUCAAAUAGAGAGAAUAGUACUGAGAAUGGAAAUAAUUACAGAAGAACAUCAAAAACAAAGAAACGUUCGUCAUUAAUUUUUGAGAAUAAAAAUAUGCCUCGACCGCAGUUAACUUUCAAAGACACCAUUGAUAAUUCGGAGAACGUGUGGAGGCCAAAAAUAACAGAGAAGCCUAACAAAGUUAAACCGCUUGCUUUUAAUUUACUUUUCACCGACGAUGACAAAGCAAUUGGGUACGAACAUCCUUACAAAGAGGAAUUGAAAUUAUAUAAACCUCCCUCAGAGUUUAUUCUUCCUGAUCCAAAUACUCCUACUUUCCCUCCCUCGUUGAAUGAAACGAAAUUCACCUAUAUUGACACAGUGGCGUUACUCGACGAACUGAUAAAACAUCUCGAAACUGUUAAGGAAUUAGCGAUCGAUCUUGAGCAUCAUGCGUACAGAACUUAUCAAGGCAUAACUUGUCUAAUGCAGAUAACUACGAGUGAAGGAGGCGAUUUUAUAAUAGAUACACUGGCCUUACGAGAAUAUAUAUAUAAAUUUAAUGUGAUUUUUACGGAUCCGACAAAGGUGAAAGUACUUCAUGGUGCUGAGAGCGAUAUAUUAUGGCUGCAAAGGGAUUUUAACACUUAUAUUGUUGGGUUAUUCGACACCCACCAAGCCGCGAAAGCACUAAAAUUACCUGGACUAGCUUUGAAGAGUCUACUCAUUUAUUAUUGCAAUUUGUACAUAGACAAAAAAUACCAAUUAGCGGAUUGGCGUAUACGACCGUUGCCACAGGAGUUGAUUGAUUACGCCCGGAUGGACACGCACUAUCUGAUAUACAUAUGGAGACAAAUGAAGCGUGAGUUAUUAGAAGCGGCCGAUGAACAGUCGCAAUUAUUGCUGUCCAUAUUCGAACAGAGCAAACAAGUUUGCAGUCUUACUUACAACAAGGAGAUUAUUAGAGAGGAUAGUCAUAUGCCAAUGUACAUAAAGUCGGGAAAAACUUUCGACGCCCGACAGAUGGCAGCACUAAAGAUGCUUUACAAGUGGCGAGAUUCGCAGGCGCGACUACUCGACGAGAGUCCUAUAUACUUAUUACCGAACCACAUGCUACUAGCGCUCGCCGAUUAUUUACCGUGCCAUGUUCGAGAUGUAAAAGCAUGUUGCUACCCCACGCCACCGAUCGCCAAAAACAAUUGGAGGACGAUAACCAAAAUGUUGCUGUCGUGCCGCCAGAUGUCCCUAUGGCCGAAAUCGCCAAGCAGAAAGAGCUUAGUGGACAUUGCCCGCCCCACGACCUCGUACAAACUCUACGGCUUCUCGCACCUCCAAAACAUCAGUAACAAGCAAAUAAAGAAGGUGGAUAACGCUACAUUAUCGACAAGAGAUCAGCCCGAUAUAUCUUCUAUUAAAGAUACCAACAACAAUAAAGAUAUAUCUCGCCAGUUGCCCGUAGAGCCGCAACCGUCAACCAGUAAGGGCGUGGUACACACUACCCACCCCACCACUUCGUACAACGUCCACGGCCUCCCGCAUCUCCCAGACAUCAGUAACAAGCAAAUAAAGAAGGUGGAUAACGCUACAUUAUCGACAAGAGAUCAGCCCGAUAUAUCUUCUAUUAAAGAUACCAACAACAAUAAAGAUAUAUCUCGCCAGUUGCCCGUAGAGCCGCAACCGUCAACCAGUAAGGGCGUGGUACACACUACCCGCCCCACCACUUCGUACAACGUCCACGGCCUCCCGCAUCUCCCAGACAUCAGUAAAGAACAACAAAUGAACGUGGACAAUGCUGUAUUAUUGGCAAGGAAUUUGAAAUAUCAGCCCGAUAUAUUGGCCCUUAAAGAUACAAGCAACAGCAAUGAAAAUAAUAACGUAUUGGAGAAAAUUGAAGAAGAGAAACGCAGUGAAGAAGAAAUAGCAGCUAUAUCGAAAGGCAACGAGCUCAUCGAAGCGGAAAUGCCCGGGAAGUUACAUCAAGCGGAGGAGCAAAUCGAAUACGAUACAAAAAAGGAAUGGGCAAAAGUCAACGAUGUAGUUGUUACUGACCACGUUCUGCUUGAAACGAAAUUGCAACGCAAAAGAAAAAUAUCAUCUGACAAAGUGGAAAGCAAUAAUGUUAGUGGCCGUACAGUUGAAGACCUCACAAAAGAAACAAAACCGAACGACACAUCGGAAAAUAAGAGCAAUCUGGAACCGAUGAUUUACGAUAAUGAUAAUUUCAAGAAAUUCUGUUCCGAUUCGAAAUGAAAAUUCAAUCCCGAAAUGAAAUUGAGAAUGCAAAGUAUUUUUUUGUUGUAGUUGUCUAUACAUAUGCACAAC